AUGGCGGACUCUCAGUCAAGCUUCCGGCCAGCACUGCUGGUGGUGGACAUGCAGGAGGACUUUUGCCCACCAUCCGGCUCCCUCGCCGUCCCCCUCGGCCGCACAAUAACCCCCCUAAUCAACACCCUCCUCACCCUCCCCCCCCGCACCCUCCCCCUCAAAAUCGCAACCCAAGACUGGCACCCCCCAAACCACAUCUCCUUCGCCCCCAACCACCCCUCCAACCCCCCUCCCUUCGUCACCUCCCACACAAUCACCAACCCCCUCAACCCCUCCCAAUCCUACACCACCCUUCUCUGGCCCCCCCACUGCAUCCAAUCCACCCCCGGCGCCUCUCUCAUCCCCGAGCUCUCCUCCCAAAACUUCACCCACAUCAUCAAAAAGGGCCUCGACCCCAGAGUGGAGAUGUACUCCGCCUUCUUCGACCCUUUCCCCCCCACCCUCACCGGCGAACGAGUCUGCGAUUCCGGACUGGCCAAGCUGCUCCACGACGAAAAGGUGACGCACGUCUAUGUUGUCGGGCUGGCGGGGGAUUACUGCGUCAAGCACACGGCGUAUGAUGCUGCAAAGGAAGGGUUCCAGACGGUGAUUAUCGAGGAGGGGACCAAGACCGUUAACCCGGGCGGGUGGGAGGAGUGCAAAAAGGAGAUGGAGAGUAUUGGUGGGGUGAGGGUCGUGAGCGUGGAGAGUGAGGAGGUGCAGAGGCUGUUUAAGAAGGAUUGA